AAUAGCUAACGCCGACCGUUUAGAUUUCUCUCUUUAUCUUCCUUGUCCCAUUUGAUCCCAAAAGUUUUUAAAAUCACUCCUCUCUCAGUUAAUCAGACAGUCUGAAGUGUGUUUUUGCCUCCAAUCUGAGAUUUUUCGUUUGCGAUUUGGGCUUAAUUGGGACCAUUGUGGUCUCCCUAGUUGAGAUCUGAUCGCUUCCGUUUCUGAAGCUCGUCGUCGAGAAGAAAGACAGCGCAUGGGAACUGGGGUUACUAUUUUUGCAUUUUUAUUGAAGAGAUAUGGAAAGUGAGUGUGCAACAACUCCUCCUCCUGAUGGGCUUACUGAAGGGAACCCCUCGAAAUCACGUCAAGGGAGGACUAGUGGCCCAACUAGACGUUCUACUCGAGGUCAAUGGACGGCUGAAGAGGAUGAGAUUUUGAAAAAGGCUGUCCACAAUUUUAAAGGCAAAAACUGGAAGAAGAUAGCUGAAUAUUUCAAGGAUCGAACUGAUGUCCAAUGCCUCCACAGGUGGCAGAAGGUCCUUAAUCCUGAACUUGUUAAAGGGCCGUGGACAAAGGAGGAAGAUGAUAUGAUUGUUCAGUUAAUCCAAAAAUAUGGGCCGAAGAAGUGGUCCACUAUUGCUCGGUAUUUACCUGGCCGUAUUGGAAAGCAAUGUAGAGAGAGGUGGCAUAAUCAUCUCAAUCCUGCCAUAAACAAGGAAGCUUGGACUCAAGAAGAAGAGCUGGUUCUGAUUCGUGCUCAUCAAGUCUACGGUAAUAGAUGGGCAGAGUUAACAAAGUUCUUGCCUGGAAGGUCUGACAAUGGAAUCAAAAACCACUGGCACAGUUCAGUUAAGAAGAAACUAGAUUCCUAUAUGUCCUCUGGCCUUUUGGAUCAGUACCAAGCCAUGCCUCUAGCUCCUUACGAUAGAAACUCUUUUAUGCAGAGUACUAUGGAUGGUAGUGGCUGCGUGAGUGGACAGGCAGAGCAAGAAAUAGAACAUGGUAUAAUGAACAUGGGGCAACAUUUUCACCCGUGUGAAAACUCUCAGUAUUAUUAUCCAGAGUUGGAAGAUAUCUCAGUCUCCAUCUCAGAAGCCUCUUAUGACAUGGAGGACUGUUCACAGUUUCCUGAUCAUAACGUCUCGGCUUCUACGAGCCAGGAUUACCAAUUUGACUUUCAGGAUCUGUCGGAUAUUUCACUGGAGAUGAGUCAGAACAUGUCAGGGUUACCAAUGACAUACACCAAGGAGAGGAAGGAAGCCUCUCUAGGGGCUCCGAACUCCAAGUCAAAUAUAGAUGUAGCUGCGUACACCAACACAUCUGAAACGGAAUGUUGCAGAGUUCUUUUCCUUGAUCAAGAGAGCGAAGGGGUCAGUGUUUCUAGAUCUUCAACCCAAGAGCCACACGAGGUUUUGUGUGCAUCAGCUUCAGACAGCCAGGUUUCAGAAGCUACAAAAUCUCCUAUGAAGAGCUCUUCUUCAAUGUCCAUUGCAACACCCGCCUCAGGCAAAGAAACUCUUCGGCCGGCUCCCUUAAUCAUAACACCCGAUAAGUAUUCCAAGAAGUCAUCCGGAUUGAUAUGUCAUUCUUUUGAGACUAAUGAAAAUGGUAGCUUCAUAUGCAUCAAUGAUCCUUCAACCUCUACUUGUGUUGAUGAAGGGCCUAACAACUCCACCGAAGAUUAUCAUUUAAAUGAUUCCAAAAAGCUGGUUCCAGUGAACGAUUUUGCUUCUCUGGCAGAAGCUAAGCCACACUCUCUUCCUAAGCAUGAAACAAACAUGUCAAGCGAGCAGCAUCAUGAGGAUAUGGGAGCAUCAUCAUCAAGUCUAUGUUUUCCAAGCCUGGACCUACCUGCUUUCAACGAUCCGGUCCACGAUUAUAGCCCUCUUGGCAUACGCAAGCUGCUGAUGUCCAGCAUGGCGUGCAUGAGCCCGCUUAGGCUGUGGGAGUCUCCCACUGGGAAAAAGACGUUGGUUGGUGCAAAGUCAAUCCUGAGGAAACGCACGCGUGAUCUGCUGACACCUCUAUCUGAGAAGAGGAGUGAUAAGAAGCUUGAAACUGAUAUAGCAGCUAGUCUGGCAAAAGAUUUUUCACGCCUGGAUGUUAUGUUUGAUGAGAGUGAGAAUCAAGAAUCUAUCUCUGGAAUGCCAGAAGAAACCAUGGAUGUCAGUAAAUCACUUGUACAACCACAGCAAACUUGCUUGGAGGCAAAUGUUCAACAUGUAAGUCUUGUCUUUCCUUUAAGCAUUUGA